AUGAAACUGCUGGCUAAACUUAAAGAAGUGCUCGUUGAAAUUCCGCUCGUCAAAUGGGGGCAACCCGAAAUCCCGGGAUUUCGAUUUUUCAAAUCCCGGGAUUUCGGGAUCCCGUUUCCCGGGAAUUCCCGGGAAAUAAAUCCCAAAAAAUCCCGGGACUGGAACCACUAUAUAUGGGUCGACCCUAGGUCAUUCACUGGUAAAAACGGGGAUUUAGGGUACCAUACGAACUACCACGUCCAGACUCGUCCAACUACCACCCUCGAAACAUUCCAAAACCGACGUUUGUCACAAAAGUCAACCGUGACAAUUGAAAAGAAAAUACAUCAACCCAGACCGAUUCGCAAAGAAGCAUCAACUCUCCCGACGAAUAAUAGGCCGAAUUAUUCACCAAAAUCUGCGGAACACAUCCGAGCCAUCCACAUGGGGGAGAAACCGGACAAAUGCGACCACUGUGAGGAGUCCUUCAUCAACAGGCACGCCCUUGCCAGGCACGUGGGCCUCGUCCACACCAAAACUAGCCACGUCUGUCACAUUUGUGGGAAGAGUUUCCCCCUCAUCGGAACCCUCAAGCGGCACCUCAAACUGCACGACGAAUCAAGAAUGGUCACGUGCGACGCGUGUGGAGAAAAGUUUAAAGGCCACGCGAGGCUAAGGUCGCACCGGAUCCAGCAGCACGGCGCUGACCCAUUGGUUUGCGACGAGUGUGGGGCAACUUUCUCAAGUCCGACUGGAUUCGCGCAGCACAUGAUGGUCCACCGGGGGGAGAAACCUCAUAAAUGUGAUUUGUGCAGCGAGGCUCAUUUCGUGACGAAAAAAUCGCUAGAAGAUCACCGUAGGACGCACACUGGGGAGCGUCCCUUCUCAUGCCCGCAUUGCGAGUACGCCUUCAAAGCAAGAAAAGCGUUGGUCGGCCAUAUCAAAAAAAUUCACACGCCGGGCUACGUCGCUCCGAUUCGGCAUCGUUGUCCCCACUGCGAAAAAGGGUUCGGAAUCGGGUCCCUGCUGGAGGGCCACGUCCGCCAAGUGCACACGGGCGAGCGGCCCUUCGCCUGUGACCAGACUGGCUGUGGGAAAGCCUUCGCCCAGAAAAGGUCCCUUGUCCUGCAUUUGAGAAAAACGCAUAAAAUCGGCGAGCAGAAAACCAGGUUCAAACAGCCGAGUCGGAAGCCAGGUGGGACAACGUGCUAGAAGGUGAACACAAGAAUAAUGAGUGAAUAGGGUAGAAACGAGUUAUUAAUGAAGAUGAAAAUAUUUGUUGUUUAAACUUAUUCGAGAUAAGCAUGAAAGUCAGGUUUUUUAUUUAAGGUGACGUUUAAAAUUUGAGAUACAUCUGUUCUAGAAAUUGUAAUUUGUAUAUGUGCAAUAAAAAUGUAAAAAUCUC